UGGUGGUGUUGGGGACAGGACAGGCAGAGUGAGGAUCAGUCUGUGGUGGUGUUGGGGACAGGACAGGACCUGUGAGGAUCAGCCUGUGUUGGGGACAGGACAGGACCUGUGAGGAUCAGUCUGUGGUGGUGUUGGGGACAGGACAGGCAGAGUGAGCAAAGUUUUGGUCCGGUUGCGGAGGGCAGGGCUCAGGCGUUUAUAAACCAUGCCUAUGGUAAACAGCGCUAUAUAAAUCAACACACUUGAAUCAAGGUUGGGCUUGAGGCACGGAGGAAUCUUAGGGGCGCCGGCAUGGCGGACUGGGGGUUCCUGGGGGGGCUGUUUGAGGCGAUGCAGACCCACUCCCCCCUACUGGGGCGCCUGUGGCUGCAGAUCAUGCUGGUGUUCCGCAUGCUCAUCCUGGGCACCGUGGCCUCCGACCUGUUCGAGGACGAGCAGGCGGAGUUCGAGUGCAACACGGCGCAGCCGGGCUGCAAGCAGGUGUGCUACGACCAGGCCUUCCCCAUCUCACAGUACCGCUUCUGGGUGUUCCACAUCGUGCUCAUCUCCACGCCCGCCCUCCUCUUCAUCAUGUACGCCAUGCACCUGCACUCCAAGAGCCAGGCCCGCCAGGAAGGUGCCAGCUCCAAAAGCGGGCAACUGGGCAUCAACGCCCACACCACUGAGCCACUGAUGCAGAAACCGGACGAGGGCGGGUUGAACCCGCGACAGGACCAUAACGUGAUGCGUCUGUACAUGCUGAACGUGGGGUUCCGCUUCCUGGCUGAGGUGGCAUUCCUGGUGGCUCAGUGGGCGCUGUACGGGUUCCGCGUGGAGGCCCGCUUCCCCUGCAGCACGUUCCCCUGCCCCUACACGGUGGACUGCUUCACCUCGCGGCCCAUGGAGAAGACCAUCCUGCUGUGCUUCUACUUCGCCGUGGGCCUCCUCUCUGCACUCUUCAGCCUGGCGGAGCUCAUCCACGUCUUCACCAAGUGGAGGCGAUGGAGGAGGGCGGCCCGGACGGGGGGACCCCCGGACGAGAAGACGGCUGGACGGAACCAGAGGGACCUCCAGAAACUGACCCAGGUGGCGGUGGGUGACGAGGGUGGCUGGGGGUUUCAGAGGGGCAGGAGUGGGAGUGGGGGUGGGAAAAGGGGGCAGUUUUUCUCAGGGCGGGGGAGACAUGGGGGCACUAGUGGCAGCAGCAGCAGUGGUGGGGGGAAGGUGAGGGUGUCGCUAGGCAGGAGCAACUCCAGCGUCGGACACAAGACCUCCAGAUACAGUAGCCAGAAGAGCCGCACACAGGUGGUGUGAGUGUGUGUGUGUGUGUGUGUGUGUGUGUGUGUGUGUGUGUGAGUUUCACAAUGCCAUGAGAAUC